AUGGGAGAUACAACUAAAAUUAAGAUUGGUAUCAUCGGAGGAUCCGGUUUCGAUGACCCAGGCUUGUUCGAGAACCCUGUAGAACGCGCCGUUACGACGCCGUUCGGAAACCCAUCUGAUGUUCUGCUUGAAGGUUUUAUUAUGGGGGUGCCGUGUGUUAUACUCGCACGACAUGGCAGGAAACAUCAGUAUCAACCCAGUGACGUCAAUUACCGUGCGAAUAUAUGGGCGCUAAAGGAAGUUGGGUGCACGCAUGUGCUCGCCGCUACGGCUACGGGCAGCCUUGACGAGAAAUACGAACCGGGCAGUCUGGUUAUUAUCGACGAUUUUAUUGAUAGAACAUGGGGUCGUAAAUGCACGUUCUACGACCGCACUGAAGGGGGUCCAAAAGGCGUAUGUCACUUGCCGAUGUUUCCCGCGUUUUGUGCGUCGGCUCGUGACGCGCUGUUAAGUGCCGCGAAAGCAAGAGGUUAUGCUUGCCAUCAUAGUGGUACCGUUGUUACUAUACAGGGGCCUAGGUAUUCCAGUCGAGCAGAAAGCUUAAUGCAUCGCCAGUGGGGCGGUCAUCUUGUUAAUAUGACUACAGUACCAGAGGUGGUUUUAGCGAAGGAAGCAGGGCUGAGCUAUGCAGCCUUAGCCCUUGUCACUGAUUACGAUUGUUGGAGAGAAAAUGAAAAAUCGGUAUGUGUAAACGAUGUUCUUGGAGCAUUUGCGAAAAAUGUGAAAAAGGCAUCCGAUGUUAUCGUCGACGCUGUUCAGAUUUUGGCCGCUAAAAAUGAUCAUGCCUAUUUGGAAGCUCAUAAGGAACUGGUUUCAUCCAACAUCAUGCUAAAGGAAUAAUCGAAGCAUUUCAUUAUUAUAUAAGUGAAUCUUAUAUACUUACUUUUAUUGUAUUUAAAUUCUGUAAAGAAAUAAAACAAUACAUUUUGCAUGUAA